AUGGAAUUAGAAGCAGAAACCAAAGAAAAUGAGAGGAUACAAGAGAUUUUGCGUGACAUGGAUGACAGCCCACAUAUCCUUUACUAUACGAAAGAGCCCCUACACAUUCAUCGCCACGGUAGACGGAAGAAGGUGCUUAUUCUCUCAACGCCAUACCAUGUGUAUCUGAUCAAGGCGAAGGGAAUGUCCCUUUACGCCAGAUGGCCCAACAAACUACUGACCGUCAGCUCUACACAAAACAUAAUUUCCAUUGGAACUUUGGAUUUGUCGCAGGGGCAGCAGCUGCAGACGUUUACCCAGACUGCAGUCUCUGAGGAAAUUAGCACGGACUUGGAGUUCAAGACGGUGCAACUGGAGUGCGCCUCUGUGCUGCAGGCGACAAACACGGAGCGGUGGCUUCAGAAACUCGCCGCGGACGCACGGUGGCGCACGGAACGGUUGGAAAAUUAUGAGAGUCAUCCUGCACAAAAUGAGGCGCAGGAAGCGAAUGAAAAAGAAGAUGAAUGGAGUGGUGCAGAAAGCGAAGGUAGCGACGAUUCCACUGGACCCAUAUGGGGACAAAAACAACAACAACUUCUCCCGCAGCGGCCACGAGAAGGAGAAACGAGCAGCCUGUUUCAAAAGGCCCCGUCAAGGUACCUUGCUGUGGCGUCACUGGUGGAUGGAGAGUUUACGGAUUAUACCGCGUUGAAGAAUGCAUACAUUCGCAAUGAGGAAGAUAUUCUACAGGGGGAUCUUGCAGCGUUUAUAAAGGAAAAUGAGGGCCAAGUGGAGAAACUUUGCGAGAGUCAUUAUCCGGCCUUCCUCCACGCAGCGCGACAGUGCUUUUUCAUUUCCGAAAAGGAUGCCGAGUUGGUAGGGCAGGAACUCGGCGGUGCCACCACACUCGCCCGUUCCUCGGUGAUGGAGAUGAAACGGGCGGCGGCCGAUCUUAAUUUAUCACGUUGUGUCAAGCAAAACGUUGCACAUGUGGGGUCAUUGCUGCGUAGCACACUGGAACUGGCAGAGAUUCUGGAGACGGUGGAACAACGCGUACGGAAGCAGCAGUUACUGGGUGCCGUGGUGUCGUUGAAACAACUUAUGCGCGGAGCAGCCCCGUUUGCGGAAUACGCGCUUGGUGAGUAUGUGAUUCACCACCGGGUGCCACAGCUGUCGCAGGACAUUUUUACAGCUGCAGUGCAUGACCUUAAUGCAUGGCUGAAGCUGUUGCGAGAGUCCUCGCUGCCUAUUGGCACUGCGGCCUUAAAAUGGGAGGGAAUUGUACAAUCUGGAUCCGUCGAGAAGAAGUUGCGAGUUUCAGAGGAGGGUGAGUGGUGGGUAGAAAUGAGUUAUGUGAGGGCUUGCAUUAGGCGUGCCCCCUUUACAGAAUCAUCCAGCAUUGCAAAUAUCCUGCACGGGACGUCCAUACAGGAGGUGUUUGAAGAGCUUCAUCAUGGGACGUAUUACCGUAAUUAUUAUGCUGAAAGCCGCAUGCAGCAGUUGAAACUAGACCUUUUUGAGGCGCCCUUAUCCUCUGAAGGGCUUGACGGGGAGGCUACCGUGGGGGAAUUAGAAAAAUAUUGUGCUACAGCGCUGGGGUUUGUGCUGAUUGAGGACAUUGUGCAUAAUGUCACUGAACCGCAUGUACAGUCAACAACCGAGAUCAUAUGCAUGUGGGAAAGGCUGUCACAGGCCAUGGCUGAUCGAGCACGGCAUGUAUCCAAAUUACUUCUUAGUGAUCCCGACUACACGGCGCGAAUGAUGGAUGUCUUUCGUCUUUUGCGUUCCUUUGUCGGUAUUGCUGUAGAGAGUGUCAAAAGUGUGCGAUUGAGUCCUCUUAUUUUGUCUCUUGUUGUGGAGUCUAUGAGUGACAGCAUUAUUAGCUCUUGGUUGCAGGAAGCCUGCGUGGAAGUGACUCAAGUUGUCCUUACCGAUACGCUUCUGCCACUGAACGCUACAAGUUCAGAAGAGUAUCACGCGUAUGUGACACGUUUUUAUGUGGAUCGUUGCAAAUCCAUUGAACUUCCGUUGCCCGUAUGUGGAUUUACGUCAGGAUGUGUGACACUACCAUACGCCUCAAUGGUUCCUGCGAUUGGCGACACGGCGUUACGGUUUCUUUCACAGUGCCACUCAAUCAUGGUGAUGGACGAUGGUGCGGUGGUGCGUCAAUCCGAGCUCAAUAAUGUGGAUGAAAUGCUUCUUAAAUAUCUUUCUGUUCUUUUCAGAACCGUAGCGGAACUGUUGCAAACUCAUAUGGUCUCCGUGGAUGCACGUGCGGUGUUGCAGCUUGCCGUCUACGUGACAUCGUGUGCAACGAUGAGUGUUAUUGUAUCGUGUGUGGAGCAGCAAUUUGUGCUCGCAUGGCAUGGUGAUUGCGGCGAGGCAAGACGGGAGACACUUGGUGUGCCGCGGCUGCUGGCCGAUUCGGCGACUCUUUUUGCGAAGGCCGUGCAAAAAGGUAUUGAACGACUCCUUGCGGCAUUUGUGGCGGAAACGGAGGACCGUUUGCAACCCGUCGCAGAAAUCGAUUACUGGAAGAGACUUGUUGAGAUUCGCCGUGGUACGGCGGCGCCAACGGCAACAAGGGCGGAAAACAAUGCUGGUACGGGAAAGGGCCUUGUGGAGGCUAUGGAGUACAUUAUUGCCAUGAUCCCGAAACUUACGGCGGUGCUUCAGGUUUCCGUGGUGCGCAGUGUGCUGGGAAGCGUCGUUGCUCAUGCGGCCAUCACGGCACAGUCGAAUUUGGAGCGUGCGAUUUAUAGUGGCUGCCGCGAUGGAACUGCCAGUGAUUUUACUACUCUGCGUGAGUGCGUGCGGGAGUUUGAGCUGCUUUGCGCCAUACAAAUUCCUUUGUGGCAGAGGCGCAUUGAGGGUGCCGUUAGCGGGUUGUCUGUGGCACAGCGAUUCCCGUUGCAACCCAAGCAGAUUGCUGACGAGCUUAUUUUGUGGAUCAGGCGCAAGGAGGCCGAAGUGGCGGCAGAGCAGGCGAGCACAAAUCAAGUCUUUGCUGGCAUCGAGGGGGCCGGCAAACUUGUGGCGAAAGGGGUGGAAAGGGGAAUUCAAGUCGUUGGACAAACCGUCAAGGGAGGCGCAAACGCCAUUACAGGGGCUGCGAGUGCUAUUAAAGGCAAACGUGAAACGUAG